AUGAAGAUGUCUAACGCUGACAUCGUCUUAAACGCCACCGAUCGGAUGGUGAAAUCUGUCCCCUUCCCCCUGAGCCACCGCCUUACAUUGAAGGAAGUGUUUGACUGCGAAGGGAAACCACGGGUGGAUCUCCUGAAAGCCCACCUCACCAAGGAGGGCCGUGUAGAGGAAGCUGUGGCACUCCGGAUCGUCAACGAGGGAGCCGCUAUCCUGCGCCAGGAGAAAACUAUACUGGACAUCGAGGCACCAGUAACAGUCUGUGGUGACAUCCAUGGGCAAUUCUUUGAUCUUAUGAAGCUGUUUGAAGUGGGAGGAUCACCAGCCACAACACGGUACCUGUUCCUCGGGGACUACGUGGACCGUGGCUACUUCAGUAUUGAGUGUGUUUUAUACCUCUGGUCGCUGAAAAUCCUCUAUCCAAAGACUCUAUUUUUACUGCGUGGAAAUCAUGAAUGUAGACAUUUGACAGAAUAUUUCACCUUCAAACAAGAAUGUAAAAUCAAGUACUCAGAGCAGGUGUACGACUCAUGUAUGGAUGCAUUUGACUGCCUUCCCCUGGCUGCACUGAUGAAUCAGCAGUUUCUGUGUGUCCAUGGUGGACUCUCACCUGAAAUACACACCUUAGAUGACAUUAAAAAGUUGGAUCGGUUCAAGGAGCCGCCGGCUUUUGGGCCCAUGUGUGACCUGCUAUGGGCUGAUCCUCUGGAGGAUUUCGGCAAUGAGAAAACCCAGGAAUAUUUCAGCCACAACACAGUGCGAGGCUGCUCCUACUUCUACAGUUAUCCAGCUGUAUGCGAGUUCCUGCAGAGCAAUAACCUAUUGUCUAUUAUUCGAGCUCAUGAAGCACAAGAUGCAGGCUACCGGAUGUACCGCAAAAGUCAGACCACUGGAUUCCCGUCCCUCAUUACCAUCUUCUCAGCACCAAACUACCUGGAUGUCUACAACAACAAAGCUGCAGUACUGAAAUAUGAAAAUAAUGUCAUGAACAUCCGACAGUUCAACUGCUCACCACAUCCCUACUGGCUGCCCAACUUCAUGGACGUCUUCACCUGGUCUCUGCCAUUUGUUGGAGAGAAAGUCACAGAAAUGCUGGUGAACGUGUUGAGCAUCUGCUCUGAUGAUGAACUCAUGAUGAAUGAUGAAGAGGAGAUAUUUGAUGCCAAUGCAGCUGCAGCUCGCAAGGAGGUGAUCAAAAACAAGAUCCGUGCUAUUGGGAAAAUGGCCAAAAUGUUUUCAGUUCUCAGAGAGGAGAGUGAAAAUGUGUUGACGCUUAAAGGCCUGACGCCCACUGGCAUGCUGCCGAGUGGGGUUCUCUCUGGAGGCAAACAGACACUGCAGAGUGCCACCAUUGAAGCCAUUGAAGCCAUCGAGACGACUGAUGAGGAUGGAGAAGCCAUCCGUGGGUUCUCCCCCCAGCACAAGAUCGCCAGCUUUGCGGAGGCCAAGGGCCUAGACCGCAUCAACGAGCGCAUGCCACCUCGCAAGGACGGGGUGAACCACGUGGGUCACUCCAUGGGAAAGAUGAAUAUGUCAGAAGCAAAUGGCACGGAUGACAACAGCAACAUCCAGUGA